CGGAAGUCGGCGCCUGAGUUGCGCGUGGUGGGGAUGUCGGCCAGCGGGGCUGUGGAGCCCGGGCCCCCGGGGGUUGCCGCCCCCUCGCCCGCAGCGGCCCGGGCUCCGGGGCCGGGGCACUUGUUCCGACCUUUCAGCGCCGAGGACGAGGAGCAGCAGCCCACCGAGAUUGAGUCGCUGUGCAUGAACUGUUACCGCAACGGCAUGACGCGCCUCCUCCUCACUAAGAUCCCCUUCUUCAGAGAAAUAAUCGUGAGCUCCUUUUCCUGCGAGCACUGUGGCUGGAACAACACGGAGAUCCAGUCGGCCGGCAGGAUCCAGGACCAGGGAGUGCGCUACACUUUGACCGUCAGGGCCCAGGAGGACAUGAACAGAGAAGUAGUGAAGACUGACUUUGCCACCACUAGGAUCCCAGAGCUGGAUUUUGAAAUUCCUGCCUUCAGCCAGAAAGGAGCUCUGACCACUGUUGAAGGAUUGAUCAGCCGUGCUAUCUCUGGCCUGGAGCAGGAUCAGCCCACACGAAGGGCAAACGAAGAAGCCAUGGCUGAAAGUAUUGAUGAGUUCAUUGUCAAACUGAAAGAGCUAAAGCAGGUUGCCUCUCCUUUCACCCUGAUCAUUGAUGAUCCCUCAGGGAACAGCUUUGUGGAAAACCCACACGCUCCCCGGAAAGAUGAUGCCCUGGUGAUCACACACUAUAACCGGACUCAACAGCAGGAAGAGAUCCUGGGGCUCCAGGCAGAGGCACCAGAAGAGAAGCCAGAAGAGGAAGAUCUCAGAAACGAAGUGCUCCAGUUCAACACAAACUGCCCGGAGUGCAAUGCUCCGGCCCAGACCAACAUGAAGCUAGUUCAAAUCCCCCACUUUAAGGAGGUUAUCAUCAUGGCCACCAACUGCGAGAACUGCGGCCAUCGGACCAAUGAGGUGAAAUCUGGAGGGGCUGUGGAGCCCUUGGGCACCAGGAUCACCUUCCACAUCACAGAUCCCUCAGAUAUGACCAGAGACCUGCUCAAGUCUGAGACAUGUAGUGUGGAAAUCCCAGAGCUGGAAUUUGAACUGGGAAUGGCUGUCCUCGGGGGCAAGUUCACCACACUGGAGGGGAUGCUGAAAGACAUUCGGGAACUGGUGACCAAGAACCCUUUCACACUGGGUGACAGUUCCAAUCCUGGCCAGACGGAGAAACUGCAGGAGUUUAGUCAGAAGUUGGACCAGAUCCUGGACGGUGACAUGAAGGCCCACUUUGUUAUGGAUGAUCCAGCAGGAAACAGCUACUUGCAGAAUGUGUACGCACCUGAGGACGAUCCUGAGAUGAAGGUGGAGCAUUACAAGCGCACAUUUGACCAAAACGAGGAGCUCGGGCUGAACGACAUGAAGACGGAAGGCUAUGAGACAGGCCUGGCUUCUCCACGGUAGCAGUGGGCGGUUCCCGGCCAGCCCCCAGUGCUGCUCAACCACAGGGUUAUUACUGCAGUGGAAAAGGCUGGAGUGUCCCUUUCACCAGGCCUUGCCUGUGUAGGGAGGACACCUGGUCUGAGUCGGAGAUCUGGGCACACUUUCUGAACAGCUUGUGAUGGAAGUGCAAGCCUCUUGGGUUACUUGAUCUUGGGUUGGAGGUUUUGAGUUGGCCUGAAAGAAACCUGGAAAUGAGCCAUCAGGCAUGUCAUUGACACUUUUUUUCUGAUUAAGUCUUUACCCUCCCUCCACACAACACUUUCUCACCUAGGGUUGGCACUCUGAAGUUGAGAAGGUAGAAGACAGCUACAAAUGAAAUUUGGGAGUUGGUUUGGGUAUAUAAACACUGGCUUUCAACAGGAGAGAGUCUUCUGAGGGGAAGGAGUCUAGCUCAGGUGAAGAAAUUCUCAUUAAAAUGGUGGCUUUCAAACAGCA